GCAAUGAAGAGAGUCGGCGCGUUUCUUACAGUUUGGUUUGUUUUCAAGCGGAAUGAACUCUAAUCGAAAAUUGUUUUGCGAGUGAAACCGGUGGUUGGCCAGAACAGAACUGAGCAAACUAAUAACUAAACUAACAUCUGUUUAUGAAAUAAACGAGAGAACUCUACUGAAGAAACGGAACCCCGAAAACCAAGCAUAUCGCCUUCGCUUUAAAUAUUAUGUUUGGAGUGACUGAAAUAACCCAUCUAUGCUGGUUAGUGAGUGCUGUGUUUGGGAGGAAUGGCCGCGCGCUGCAGUGAUGGACACUCCGUGGACAGAUCCUCAAAGAAAAGGAACUGCAAGUCUUUCACGAUAGACGUUGCCCAAUCCCUGUGCCUGGGCUCAGGGUUCAAGGGCAAGACCGUAUGAACAUGCUUUCAAACAAGUCAUGCGAGAACAUCACCAAUAUCGAUGUGAACGGGAAUCCGGUGAUGAGCGCUGUGAUGUUCAUCGCUGGGGUGGUUGGCAACCUGAUGGCUUUGGCUAUCCUGGGAGCCCACCAGAAGGAGCGUCGCACCAAGUCCUCAGUCUUCUGCAUUCUCGUGACAGGCCUGGCUUUGACAGAUCUGCUGGGAACAUGUUUACUCAGUCCACCGGUUUUCACUUGCUAUGCCCAAAGAAAAUCCCUGGUGGGUCUUACGGGAGAUUGGUGGCUGUGUGGACUCUUCGCCUUCGCCAUGACGUUCUUUGGCCUGGCCUCUAUGCUCAUACUGUGUGCCAUGGCGGUGGAGCGGUGCCUUGCCAUCAGUCACCCAUAUUUCUACUCUAAACACGUGCGGCGCAGCUUCGCUAAGAUCGUCCUCUUCCUCAUCUAUCUCUUUACCUUCAUGUUCUGCUUGCUGCCAUUCUUUGGAUACGGGCGGCAUAAGCAGUACUGCCCGGGCACAUGGUGCUUCAUCAAGAUGGAGGCAGAAGGAGAGAGUGAGGAUGAGGAGAGGAGAACACUGACCUUCUCACUGUCCUACGCUGUGCUCAUGGCGCUGCUCAUCUCUGUUGUGUUCUUGUGCAACGGUUCGGUCAUCGUCAGCCUAUGCCGCAUGCACCGGAGCCAGCUGACGCGUCGGGGUUCGGUGGUGUCGGCUGGACGUAAGAGGAGGCUGAGCACCUGGUUUGGACAGGGAGAAGAGGAAAUGGACCACUUACUGCUGCUGGCCUGCAUGACCUUCAUCUUCGUCAUUUGCUCCUUGCCACUGACUAUCUGUGGCUUUGUGAACGCUAUUAGUCCGGUUGGGAAUGAUCAGCAGAACCUAAUGGCUUUCCGCUUCUCUGCAUUUAACCCCAUCUUGGACCCCUGGAUCUUCAUCAUUUUCCGUAAGGCGGUCUUCCACCACAUCCGCGCAUUCUUCCGCUGCUGCUUCCCCAGAGAUGUAGUGAAGACCACAGCACAAACUCCCUGUCCUUCCCCAUGGAGGCUGCAGAUGCCAAACACAGCUCAAGCAUCCAGACUAAGAUCAACUGCAGCCUACAUCUGUGGCUUUGUGAACGCUAUUAGUCCGGUUGGGAAUGAUCAGCAGAACCUAAUGGCUUUCCGCUUCUCUGCAUUUAACCCCAUCUUGGACCCCUGGAUCUUCAUCAUCUUCCGUAAGGCGGUCUUCCACCACAUCCGCGCAUUCUUCCGCUGCUGCUUCCCCAGAGAUGCAGUGAAGACCACAGCACAAACUCCCUGUCCUUCCCCAUGGAGGCUGGAGAUGCCAAACACAGCUCAAGCAUCCAGACUAAGAUCAACUGCAGCCUCCCCCAGUGAGGCCUUGAUGAGCGACUAUGCACUUAUGAUGGCAUGCAAUGAGAUAUAA